UACAAAAAAAAUGCCGAUUUCUUUUGCUUCCACGCUUCUAAUUGUGUAUUGGACCCAAAUUUAUGUGUUUUGACACAAGAUAAUCGUUAGUAUAGGUCCAUCUACCGUCCGCCGUUUCAAUCUGACCGCUAUCGUACAAGCCGUACAAUAUAUACUCAAUCUAACGGUGGAAAUAGAAAGAUCAUAAAUCCCUCAAAUCUAACAGUUACCUCAAGUUUUUUUUUUUUUUUUUUUCUCUUCUCUGGUGGAGACGAACAACAACAGAAGAAAGAAAUGGCAACCGCAGCUCUCUCCGCCGCCCGACCCAACCGCCUUAGCUCAGCCUCCUCCGAUGUUCCUCUCCACUCGCUUUAUCUCCCUACCAAGCUCCAAUUUCCUUCCCGGAAGACUCAGCUGUGGCGCUCCGCCGCGAUUCUCUUACCCACACGGCGGCGAUGCGCUGCGCCUAGAGCUAGUUCUCGCGCCGACGAUUCUCCGCCGUUUGAUAUGUCUGUGGAGACUGCGCUUAAGGUUCUCGGUGUCUCUGAAGGAGCUUCCUUCGACGAAAUUCUUCGCGCCAAGAAAUCGAUCCUUGCUUCUCGUAAGGACGACCCCAACGCCAUCUCUCAGGCUGAGGCUGCAUAUGACAUGCUACUGAUGCAGAGCCUUAACCAACGCCGAGCAGGAAAAGUUGUAAGCAACAACAUUCGCUACGCUGAUGUUAAAUCUAGUAACCCUUUGGGAACAAGUGCUGUGUCUCAGUGGCUGAAGAAUCCACCUGUCUCUGUUGAUAUGCCAUCCACGAGCGAUCUGGGAAUACAAGCUGGAGUCUAUGGAGCCAUGAUGGUUUUGACUUACGUGAACGGGAGUUCCUUAGAGUCUUCUGGGAUGCCUUACGCUGGUGCUGAUGUGCCCGGACUUAUACUGGCUAGCAGCUUUGGAGCUUCCCUAUACUUUAUGACCAGAAAGAAUGUCAAGCUAGGGAAAGCAGCUGCGUUAACAGCAGGAGGAUUAGUGGCAGGUGCAGUGGUGGGGUCGGCCAUUGAGACCUGGCUGCAUGUUGAUGUGGUCCCGUUUCUAGGUCUCCACUCCCCAGCUGCAGUCGUUAGUGAAUUCAUAGUCUUCUCUCAGUUCUUGGUGUCUCUAUGCUUACGGUAGAACUUUGUACAUUGGCUUCUGCAAAUUUGGCUCAACUUGUCACGCUGGUAUAUGUACUCCGUUUAUAUGCAUUUUGUACAGAACAAUCAAAGUAAACAACUCCUAGACAUCAGUCUUCAUGCUCAUAAUGUAUUUCUUGGAACUUUGAAGUU